ACUCUCCCCUUUCCCUGCCUCACGUUUCUUCCCCAUCCCGUUUCCCUUUCCCUUUUUCGUUCUUCUCUCUUCCAGUCGAGUCCGGCCCAGGGGGUAAUUUUCUUUCGUUUAGAGGACGACAGCAUGUCCUCCAUGCCUGAGUGCAUUGGUUUAGAUGCAGCAACAGCUACAAUGGAGUCUGAAGAGAUUGCAGCACUGCAACAGGCAGUGGUUGAGGAGCUGGGCAUCUCUAUGGAAGACCUUCGGCAGUUGAUUGAUGAAGAAUUAGAAAAAAUGGACUGUGUGCAGCAGCGCAAGAAGCAACUAGCAGAAUUGGAGACGUGGGUAAUACAGAAGGAAUCUGAGGUGGCCCAUGUUGAUCAGCUCUUCGAUGACGCAUCCAGGGCAGUGACUAAUUGUGAGUCUUUGGUGAAAGAUUUCUACUCCAAUCUGGGACUGCAGUACCGGGAAAGUAGUUCUGAGGAUGAAGCUUCCCAUCCUACAGAAAUAAUUGAGAUUCCUGAUGAAGACGAUGAUGUCCUCAGUAUUGAUUCAGGUGAUGCUGGGAGCAGAACUCCAAAAGACCAGAAGCUCCGUGAAGCUAUGGCUGCCUUAAGAAAGUCAGCUCAAGAUGUCCAGAAGUUCAUGGAUGCUGUCAACAAGAAGAGCAGUUCCCAAGAUCUACAUAAAGGAACCUUGAGUCAGAUGUCUGGGGAACUGAGCAAAGAUGGUGACCUGAUAGUCAGCAUGCGGAUUCUGGGCAAGAAGAGAACUAAGACGUGGCACAAAGGCACCCUUAUUGCCAUCCAAACAGUUGGGCCAGGGAAGAAGUACAAGGUUAAAUUUGACAACAAAGGGAAGAGUCUGCUGUCGGGGAACCAUAUUGCCUAUGAUUACCAUCCUCCAGCUGACAAGCUAUAUGUGGGCAGUAGAGUUGUGGCCAAAUACAAAGAUGGGAACCAGGUCUGGCUCUAUGCUGGCAUUGUAGCUGAGACACCGAAUGUCAAAAACAAGCUCAGGUUUCUCAUAUUUUUUGAUGAUGGCUAUGCAUCUUACGUCACACAGUCUGAGCUGUACCCAAUCUGCCGGCCUUUGAAAAAGACGUGGGAGGACAUAGAAGACAUCUCCUGCCGAGACUUCAUAGAGGAAUAUAUCACUGCCUACCCCAACCGCCCCAUGGUGCUUCUCAAAAGUGGCCAGCUUAUCAAGACUGAAUGGGAAGGCACCUGGUGGAAGUCCCGGGUCGAGGAGGUGGAUGGCAGCCUCGUCAGGAUCCUCUUCCUGGAUGACAAAAGAUGUGAAUGGAUCUAUCGGGGCUCUACACGGCUGGAACCUAUGUUCAGCAUGAAGACAUCUUCGGCCUCUACAUUGGAGAAGAAGCAAGGCGGACAACUCAGAACACGUCCGAACAUGGGUGCUGUUAGGAGUAAAGGCCCCGUGGUCCAGUACACCCAGGAUCUGACUAGUACUGGGACGCAGUUCAAGCCAGUGGAACCCCAACAGCCCAUGGCUCUGCCUGCCCCACCUGUCCAGCCUGCCCCGCCUCCUUCCCCACAGGCAGCUGACCUUGAAAGUUUAGAGAGCCAGCUUGCCCAGUCAAGAAAGCAGGUAGCUAAAAAAAGCACAUCCUUCCGGCCAGGAUCUGUGGGCUCUGGUCACUCCUCCCCUACGUCCCCUGCUCUCAGUGAAAGUGCUCCUGGGAAACCUGGGAUCAAUCAGACCUACAGAUCACCUUUAGGCUCAACAACAGCUGCCCCCACAUCCCCAGCCCCCGUAACACCCCCAGCCCCUCCAGCCUUCCUUGGCAUGCUGGAGAGGGCCCCGGCAGAGCCCUCCUACCGUGCCCCCAUGGAGAAGCUUUUCUACUUACCUCAUGUCUGCAGCUACACUUGUCUGUCUCGGGUCAGACCUAUGAGGAGUGAGCAGUACCGAGGCAAGAACCCGCUCCUGGUCCCGCUACUCUAUGACUUCCGGCGGAUGACAGCCCGGCGCCGAGUGAACCGCAAGAUGGGCUUCCAUGUUAUCUAUAAGACACCCUGUGGCCUCUGCCUUCGGACAAUGCAAGAGAUCGAACGCUACCUUUUUGAAACUGGCUGUGACUUCCUUUUCCUGGAGAUGUUCUGUUUGGAUCCCUAUGUUCUUGUGGACCGGAAGUUUCAGCCUUAUAAGCCUUUUUACUAUAUUUUGGACAUCACCUAUGGGAAGGAAGAUGUUCCCCUAUCUUGUGUCAAUGAGAUUGACACAACCCCCCCACCCCAAGUGGCCUACAGCAAGGAACGGAUCCCAGGCAAGGGUGUUUUCAUCAACACAGGCCCUGAAUUUCUGGUUGGCUGUGACUGCAAGGAUGGGUGCCGGGACAAGUCCAAAUGUGCCUGCCACCAGCUAACUAUCCAGGCUACAGCCUGCACCCCAGGGGGCCAAGUCAACCCGAACUCUGGCUACCAGUACAAGAGACUAGAAGAGUGUCUGCCCACAGGGGUAUAUGAAUGUAACAAACGCUGUAAAUGUGACCCCAACAUGUGCACAAACCGGUUGGUACAGCAUGGCCUACAAGUUCGGCUCCAGUUAUUCAAGACCCAGAACAAGGGCUGGGGUAUCCGCUGCUUGGAUGACAUUGCCAAAGGCUCCUUCGUCUGUAUUUAUGCAGGCAAAAUCCUGACAGAUGAUUUUGCAGACAAGGAAGGCUUGGAAAUGGGUGAUGAGUACUUUGCAAAUCUGGACCAUAUUGAGAGUGUGGAGAACUUCAAGGAAGGAUAUGAGAGUGAUGCCGCCUGCUCCUCUGACAGCAGUGGUGUAGACUUGAAGGACCAGGAAGAUGGCAACAGUGGUACUGAUGACCCUGAGGAGUCCAAUGACGAUAGUUCAGAUGAUAACUUCUGUAAGGAUGAGGACUUCAGCACCAGCUCAGUGUGGCGCAGCUAUGCGACCCGGCGACAGACCCGGGGUCAGAAAGAGAAUGGCUUGUCUGAGAUGGCCCCCAAGGACUCCCGCCCCCCAGACCUUGGGCCCCCACACAUGCCUGUCCCUCCAUCUUUCCCUGUUGGUGGCUGCAAUCCACCUUCUUCAGAAGAGACACCCAAGAAUAAAGUGGCCUCCUGGUUGAGCUGCAAUAGUGUCAGCGAAGGCGGCUUCGCUGACUCCGAUAGCCGGUCCUCCUUCAAGGCCAUGGAAGGUGGGGAGGGCCGGGCUUGGGGAGCCCGAGGAGAGCUUGAGAGGGCCUCCACUUCAGGACUGGGCUUCAAGGAUGAGGGGGACACCAAGCAGGCCAAGAAAGAGGACCCUGAUGACAGAAACAAGAUGUCCAUAGUUGCUGAAAGCUCUCGAAACUAUGGUUACAAUCCUUCUCCCAUGAAGCCUGAAGGGCUCCGCCGCCCACCCAGUAAGACCAGUAUACAUCAGAGCCGUCGACUUAUGGCUUCUGCUCAGUCCAACCCUGAUGAUGUCCUGACCCUCUCCAGCAGCACAGAAAGUGAGGGGGAAAGUGGGACCAGCCGAAAGCCCACUGUUGGUCAGACUUCAGCCACAGCGGUCGACAGUGAUGAUGUCCAGACCAUCUCCUCUGGCUCAGAAGGGGAUGACUUUGAGGACAAGAAGAACAUGUCUGGUCCAAUGAAGCGCCAAGUUGCAGUAAAAUCAACCCGAGGCUUUGCUCUUAAAUCGACUCAUGGAAUUGCCAUUAAGUCAACCAACAUGGCCUCUGUGGAAAAGGGCGAGAGUGCCCCAGUUCGGAAGAACACACGCCAGUUCUAUGAUGGCGAAGAGUCUUGUUACAUCAUUGAUGCCAAGCUUGAAGGCAACCUGGGCCGUUACCUCAAUCACAGCUGCAGCCCCAACCUAUUUGUCCAGAAUGUCUUCGUGGAUACCCAUGAUCUUCGCUUCCCCUGGGUGGCCUUCUUUGCCAGCAAGCGAAUCCGAGCUGGGACAGAACUUACUUGGGACUACAACUACGAAGUGGGCAGCGUGGAAGGCAAGGAGCUUCUCUGCUGCUGUGGGGCCAUCGAGUGUAGAGGGCGUCUUCUUUAGAGAACAGCCAUCUCUAAAGCCUUCAGAAGCCUCCCUGAGCUGUCCUUCCGGAGGGACUGGAUCUCCCUGACUGUUGACCACUGGCCCCAAGUCUAAUGACCCCGCUCCCAGUAGAUAAGAGUUGGGGCUUUUGGAUCCGGUGAUCCCUCCCCUUCCACUGUGGUGCUAGUACGCAGGGUCCUCCACCCUUGCCAUCUGGGGGGUGGGCAGAGACCACCACUCUCACCUGGGCCUGACUCCCCUUCAGUCCUGCUGCUGCCCAGCGCCCACACCUCAUGUUUGCUCAAGUGUUCAUCCUUCCAGCAGACUCUUCCCUGGAGCUGUACAUCUACCAUCCCCAGUGUCUGUGAUAUUUUGGAAGUCCUAACAAGAUGGUAAAAGUUGUCACAAGGUGGUGAAAGAUUGUGGUUUGAUUUUACCUGCCCCUCCACCCCACAAAGGGCAGCUGUCAUUAAUCUUCUACCUUUCUCAUUGGUUUUAUUUUUCACGUGAAAUUUUACAAAGAAAAUGUUAUGUAUCUGAGGAAGCCAUAAGGAAGAUCAUCUUAGUUUAUUUAGUUUAUCCCUUUCUCAGUUCCUAAUAGUCUCAAACAUAUGUUGCCAUGUUUUACUUAAACUUUAAUAUAUUUUAAUUAAAAAAAUCAUUAACAGUA